CCCAAAUCUGCCCAAGGGACGGCACUGCCCAUCUUUCCAAAAGAGAGAAACAGGGCCCAGUGGUUUGACUAUACUCCCACCCUGAAGUGCAGUUCCAGAACAGAACAGAAACAGCAUCAUGUGACUCAAGUGACCAGACAAUGUGAGAAACCAAACCAGCAAGCUGGCCCAAUGUCAGCAGUGUGAACAGCUCGGCUAGGACCCCAAACCUAGCCCAAACCAGGGCAGAUCCUAGCCAAACCCAUGCGCAACCAGCCCAUCUGGGAACGGUAGUGGAGUGAACCUACCUCUGCACUCGGGAUUCACUGAUCAAGGACAAUCAGCUGUGGGUGGAGAGCACCGCAGGGAAAGGGGUGUGCCGGGUUGAAGAGACUUUCACAGUGCAAGGGCUUGGCUUUGUAAGACACCUGUCUCUAGACUCUCCGUGCUAUACGAUAAUUCACUGCAAACGAAGGCGUUACUCAGGCUGGACGUGUGCUUUGGAAGGAACACACUCUGGAAGAAUGAGGCACAUGUUGGGCUUCCUUAUCAUUGUCGUCUCAGUGACAUUAUGCGAUGCACAAUGCUGGCUGAAAAGAAUUGAAUCUGAUGCACAAGGCUGCACUGAUAGGAACGGAGUGCUACAUGAAUUCAACUCCAAAUGGAAAACGAAGGAUUGCCAGAGCUGUAGCUGUAGCAAGGAAACGAUGCAGUGCUGCAGCCUCGUUAUCACCCCUGUUGUCUACGACAAAGAGAAAUGUGAAAGUAUAUUCUACGAGGAGACCUGUAGCUACAAAGUGGUGGAAAAGGCUGACCCCUCUAAGCUCUGUGAGGUCCAUGGUGCUGUGGGCUAACAAACAACCCAUUCAGAAUCAAGAUUGGCAUCUGGGCAAAUCCUUUUGGAUCACAGUUGUUUUUAAGCAUC